CUUUCUUCCCUCUCCACGCGUCUCUCUCUCCAGACCUAUCAGCGUGCAUGGCUCACCUGGACAGCCAUCUUGAGGUUCGCGGCGAGGGUUCUCGCGGCCUGUCCUCCUUAAGACGUGUUUUCCAUUCGCUCGAGGUGAUCAGCCACAUCAACCGCGUUGAACGUUGACUUGUCCAUCCACCGACCACUAUGCAAACCGGUGCAACGGUUUAAAGCUGCUGUUGUGUCUGUUGCGGUUUUUCGAUUCCUCUCGGUGACGGUUUCACCUUCGGAAAACAAAGUUACACAGACUUACGUGCUGACAGGACCGCGAGUAAACUUCGGUGUUGCGUUUCGAGAACUACCGAGAGUGUCACUGUGUGGAAUUCGGUGAUCGGAGAGACGGUGUCGAUGGUUGCGAUAGUGUCUUGAACAAAAUUGGGCGCAAGAAGAGGUGAAACGAAGAACCGCGAAUAGAACACCAAUGGAAUUAGCCAUCGAAUACAAAGUGAAACGUGGUGACCACGCAUGAAAAAUUCCAAUCGCAUGACAAUAAAGCGUUUCUUGUGAAAGGAUCAGAAUAUGGGAUCGAAGAUAGAGUACGUGGAGUCGUCUCAUAUGUACGCGACGAAUUACAUUCGUAAUUCGAAGGCGAUCGGUGUCCUAUGGGGCAUCUUCACUAUAUGUUACGCCAUCAUCGGGGUCGUCGCUUUUGUCACGCCGGAGUGGCUCGGUGAUCUGGAACACGAAAAUCCCGGCAGGUUUGGCCUCUGGACCAGAUGCAGCUACGGUGGAAAUGGUGAAUUAGGGGAAGAAUGCAUUGGAAGAGUGGACGAUCUGUCCACGAUCGUGAACGUUCCAUUCAGGGCGAGCACGAUCCUGGUCGGUGUCGCUGUGAUCAUCGCUUUGCUGACGAUCUGCGCGAUGCUUCUGUUCUUCUUCUGCCAGAGUACGACCGUUUUCUACCUUUCCGCCUGGAUGCAGGUUGUAUCUGCGAUAUCGAUGGCCAUCGGAGUCUGUAUUUAUCCUCUCGGCUGGGACUCACCUAUAAUUCGAGCUGUUUGCGGUGCAGCUGCGUCCAGGUACAAUCCAGGGGCGUGCGCCGUUAGAUGGGCGAUACCGUUAGCAGCGAUCGCCGCUUUGGACGCCGCCACCCUGGCCGCACUUGCUUUCAUUCUGGCUUCAAGGCACGUCAGGCUGCAACCGGAGCCGUUCAACAACGGCUCCCUGUACAAAGGUGAAGUGAACCCAGGAUACGUGAACGAGGCGCAGAGCGUCGCUGGAUCACGGAAGUCGUUGUCCUUGAGACCGGUCCUCCUUGUCGCUCCGCCGGAACAGGACCGGUACAGCGAGCUGUCCAGAGGAAAGUCCCAUUCCCAUCAUAGUCUGUACAGCCCAGCGCCGUCGCAUCCGGCCCACACGAUGUCUACGAACACUUUGAACCAUUCCCAACACAAUUUCCAAUUGUAGGAUAACUAGCGAUUAUGAGAGAAUGAGUGAAAGAGUAUUACAACGCCUCUCGAUGACGGUGUCGUCACCGCUAGAACUGAUGGUCAAAGUUCACUUUUUGGUUGAUUCAAGGACAUUGUCACGUCCGAAUAUACUUGUUGGAUUAUGUUACAAAUAACCUCCAUCGGUGAAGUGUAAAGAUCUAAUAGAUUAACUGGCAAUUUGAUCAUCAGUCCACUAACUUGAUCGCCCCGAGGCAUUGUACUCAUUUGUAUGUACAUAGGCUGAAUAAUUCUUGAACUGAUUAGAGAGACUGGGAGUGUUGUACAUAAGCGUUAACGACAAUAUUUUCACGUAUCAGCGUUUUUCUACUUUGCAAUCGAUUUUGUAUGAAUUAUUAUAAGCGUUUCGAAAGAGAUAGAAGCCUGCAAGAGAGGAGUGGGGAUUGCGGCACGCUUUGCCGAUAACCAGGUUUGAUCUUGAUAGGGAAUGCCCUUGUAUUUUGUAUGUAUAUAUAUAUUGACAGAAUGUGUAAACUUAUGUAUGUAGCUGCGCAAGUUUAGUGCCGAUUUGAAACCGAUGAUUAUUGCCGCUUGUACUGGGGGCUUGGUGUAAGGGUCGAGCGGCAGGAAUCAUAACAUUAUACAGGGAGGGCGGCUCACACUCGAAUGCCUUCGAAUUGGAGCAAUUCUUGGAUCGUUGUCAGUGACACUCUUGCUCGAUUCGAGGUCUCCCAAUACUCCCGUACACAUGUACGCCAUCCGGACACCAAUUCUGAAUCACCCUGUACGUGUGUGUGUGUGUGUGUGUGUGUGUGGUAUUUAUAUCUUUCUGUUUCUAAUGGUCGCUGCUCCACUAACGUCGAUUCUUUUAUACAGUUAAUACGUUUCUUAUUCUUUUUUUUUAUUAUUAUAAAUAUGUAACAUAGAGUGUUAUUUUACAGAACAAGAAGUGUAUGUGACGUGGGCGAGAAAAAGAGAUUGCGUAUCGAGUCGGUUGCAAAGGGACAAGUGUGUGUCUCUUUGUGUUCUGACGUCUCGUACUUUUCAUGUAUAAAAUACGUUGAU